GAAAAACGGGUUAAACCCUGCCGCCUCUCGUUAAACACAACUUCUCUUCUCCGCGUUUCCGUCUCCGGCGCCAAAUCAAUGGAAAUCAACAAACAGUUGGGUUCUCCGGCAAGCUUCGUUGAUCAGACGGUGGUUCCUGGAGAUGUGGUGCUCGAUCUCUCGACCAUGACCAACAAAACCAUCAAGCUCGGCGGCGGUCUCCGUCAGGACUGUGAUUCCAUUUCUGUCAUGAAAGCUGGAAAGCUUAGGUCCUCGAAACCAAACAAAUAUUGGGUCGAAAGCUCUCAGAAAAGGUAUGUGCCUUGUGUGGAAGAUACCAUCCUUGGAAUCGCGGUGGACUCUAAAGCAGAUAAUUUUCUUGUUGACAUCAAAGGACCUGCAUUGGCAUUUUUGCCUGUCCUUGCAUUUGAAGGAGGAACUAGGAGGAAUAUACCAAAGUUUGAGGUAGGUACUCUUCUUUAUGUCAGGGUUGUGAAGGCAAAUAUUGGCAUGAAUCCUGAACUAUCAUGCACAGAUGCCAGUGGAAAAGCAGCAGAAUUUGGUCCCCUCAAAGAUGGAUUCAUGUUUGAAACUUCCAUUGGUCUAUCAAGAAUGCUGCUAAGUUCACCCACAUGUCCUGUUCUUGAGGCUCUGGGGAAGAAACUCUCCUUUGAGAUAGCAGUUGGUUUAAAUGGCCGGGUUUGGGUGAAUGCUGCCUCUCCGUAUACUGUUGUUGUUGUAGCUAAUGCAAUCAUGAAUUCAGAAUCUUUGAGCAGUACACAGCAGAUAAUUAUGGUGGACAACUUGCUUAAGAGCAUCCAGUGAACAUGACAUGGCAGUGAAGACUCAAUCAUUUGGUUGACAUACCUUGUACCAUUAGCUCCAUAUUACCAGCAUAUGAAAGGAGACUUGACUCAAAAUUACAAUGAGCACAACUAUGAAGACAGCAGCUCAUGCCCCCAUUUGCCUGACAAUGAGCAGUUAAGAGUCAUUUUUCCAGUUUUCUCUUUUAGAAUCACACUUGAAUGAGUCACUACAGCUUCAGUGGAACUGACUUUUCACUUUCCUUUCUCUGCAUUCAGUUUUAGAACAUUCAACACUGUAGCAUACUGCAUUUGAGGCUGAUCAAUGUUAAAGUUUCAUUUAACGAGAUUUUCUAGCUUUGACUGCAUGAAUUCAAAAGCACCUUGGAUCAUAUCUUCAUAAAUGCUUAGAUGGCAU